UCCCAAAAAAAAAAAAAAAUAACACCGAAGCUCAAGGUGGGUGGGUGGUGCGAAUUUCAGGGUUCUCUCUCUCUUUCUCUCUCUCUCUCUCUCUCUCUCUCUCUGCCAUUUCGUUGCAAAUCCAUCUGUAGAUCUGUAAGUUAUUAUGUCUUUUGUGCUAGAAUUCGUAGUUUUUCGUUUCGCACAAUGCGUUGAAUUCUAGUAGAUGUUUAGGUUUCUGUUUGUUUGAUUUUUGGCGUUCCUUGUAAUUUGAUUUGUCGUAUCUUGAUUGGGGAGGUUUCAGAGGGCCCAGAUCUUGCUCGGUUUAGGGUUGGAUGUGUGGGAUUGGAGCUUGCGUACUUGGGGGAAGUGUUAUUGAUGUGCAUUUGAUCGAUUAGGGGCUGGAUCUCUUGGUUUAUGCUGCGGGUGUAGCUGUAAUCCAAUUGGUUUAGGUGAGAAUUCGGAAGUGUUUUUAAGGGUUCUUUAGUGGGCAACGGUGUGAAUUUGGUUGGGGGUGUUAUUAGGCGUUGGGUUGGAUUUAGGGUUUAAAAGAUGGCUGCAAAUCCUCCUCCAUUUCAGGUGGAGGAUCAGACAGAUGAAGAUUUCUUCGAUAAAUUGGUUGAAGAUGAUUUUGUGGGACCCGAUGAUUCAGGAUCCAAGUUCCUUGAUGGAAGUGAUUCUGAUGAUGCCAAGGCGUUUGCCAAUCUGAGUAUUAAUGAUGCGGAGAAUACAUUCAAGGAUUCUGGUGGUGGUGGUGAUGGUGGUGACCAUGGGCAUGAUGAAGCCGUAGGGGAGAAGGGUUCCGUGGAGGCUGAUCCAGGGACAUUGGGAGCACAUGCAGAAGAGAAGGCUUCUUUGGUUUCUUUGAAUUCUGUCGAGGAAAUUAGCGUAUUGGAAUCGGGCAAUGAUGGUAUUGGAUCAGAAUCGACCUCAGAUUCGUUGGUGAGCAAGAGCGAUGAAUCUGGUGGUCCGGCCAUAAAGGAGGUAGGAUGGAGUUCGUUUCAUGCUGAUUCAUCGCAAAAUUGGGGGCAGGGGUUUGGAUCAUAUUCGGAUUUUUUCAAUGAUUUGGGUGGUAAUGACGCAGGGAGUCUCGGUGUGUCCUUGGAGAAUAAUUUGAAUGGUGAAGCAACCAUUAAAACUAGUGCUGACGAGAACUAUGCAAAUAACUCUGUUAAUUAUGUGCAGUAUCAAAACAAUCAUCAAGUUUAUGAAGGAUCCACAGAUCAAGUUUCGGCUGGGCAGGAUUUAAGUAGCAGUCAGCAGUGGGAAAAUCUCUAUCCAGGGUGGAAGUACGAUUCAGCUUCUGGACAAUGGUACCAGGUAGAGGACUCUGCUGCAGCGGCAAAUGUCCAAGGUGCCUUUGAUACUAAUUUGAACGGUGAAUGGAAUGAUGUUUCUGGUACGAACACGGAGGUUGCAUAUUUACAAACUUCUCAGUCUGUCGUAGGCACUGUAACUGAGACUAGCACGACAGAUGGUGUUUCUAACUUUAAUCAGGUAUCACAAGGAAAUACUGGGUACCCUGAACAUAUGUACUUUGAUCCACAAUACCCUGGUUGGUAUUAUGAUACAAUUACUCAAGUAUGGUGCUCCUUGGAAUCCUAUAAUUCAUCAAUUAAAUCAACUAAUGAAGCUCAGCAUAAUCAAAACGGGUAUGUAUCAGCUAAUAGCUAUAAUUAUGGUAACAGUAGUAUGUAUGCUGAUUAUGUGCAACCUAACGAAUACGGAUCGAGUGGUGUGCAUAAUCAAGGCCUAGAUGAUAAAUUGACAGGGUCUUACCAUAAUGAAAGUCAACAAAAUUUGACUAGUUGGCAAACAGAAAGUGUUUCAUCUCAGGCUGGGCCAACUUUUGGUGGAAAUCAGCUACUGGAUAGGUCUUCAAGUCCUGAUUUUUCUGUAAGAAAAGAGCAGCAGAAGUCUGUUAGUUCUUAUGGAGCAGUUCCAUCAUAUUUCCAACCAAGUCAGGUUCACAAUGAGGUCAAUGGACCUACCAGCUUAAAUAGCUUUCCCUCAACUAUGGAUUAUGGUCAUCAGUUUCAUCAGGAGAAUCCAAAGGAACAUGAACAUAUGCCUAUGUCGAGUGACUAUUAUAGCAAUCAGAAUGUGACUAAUAUUCAAAAAUCUUUUCACGGAGGUCAUCAGUCUUCUUAUGCUUCAAAUGCUGGAAGAUCUUCUGCUGGACGUCCUCCACAUGCACUGGUAACAUUUGGAUUUGGAGGUAAACUUGUAGUGGUGAAAGAUAGCAGCUCCUUUGGCAACUCAACGUUUGGAAGUCAGGCUCCUGUUGGAGGCACAAUUUCUGUCCUGAACUUAAUGGAAGUUGUCAUGGGUAACACUAAUUCCAAUGCUAUUGGCAAUGAUGUUGGUGCAUGUGAUUACUUUAGUGCUCUCUGCCAACAUUCCUUUCCUGGUCCACUGGUUGGUGGAAAUGUGGGGAAUAAAGAGUUACAGAAAUGGAUAGAUGAAAGGAUUGCAAAUUGUGAAUCAUCAGGAAUGGAUUACAGAAAAGGUGAAGCGUUGAGGCUGCUUCUUAAUUUGCUCAAGAUAGGAUAUCAGCAUUAUGGGAAACUUCGAUCACCAUUUGGCACAGACACCGUGUUAAGGGUAAUUACUCCCCCCUUAGAAUAUAAGGAAAGUGAUAAUCCAGAAUCAGCAGUUGCCGGUCUUUUUGCUUCUGCCAAGAAGAAUGGCGUACAUUUCAAUAAUUAUCAUGCUCUUAGCCACUGCUUGCAAGUAUUGCCUUCUGAAGGACAUAUGCGGGCAACUGCUUCUGAGGUUCAGAGUCACCUAGUAUCUGGUAGAAAGAAAGAGGCUUUACAAUGUGCACAAGAAGGUCAGUUAUGGGGACCUGCCCUUGUUCUUGCUUCACAGCUCGGUGACCAGUUUUACAUUGAUACUGUGAAGCAAAUGGCUCUUAAGCAGUUGGUACCUGGAUCACCUCUGCGGACCCUUUGCCUGCUUAUAGCUGGGCAACCUGCAGAAGUCUUUUCUACACAAUCAAUGUCUAACAUCAAUCCUCUGGGUGGUAGCAUGGCUCAAAAUUCUUCACAGUUUCCUGCAAAUAGUAUGCUGGAUGAUUGGGAAGAAAAUUUAGCAGUGAUCACUGCCAACAGGACAAAAGAUGAUGAACUUGUAAUUAUUCAUCUUGGAGACUCCUUAUGGAAGGAAAGGAGUGAGAUAACUGCUGCCCACAUUUGCUAUUUAGUUGCCGAGGCAAACUUUGAGUCAUAUUCAGACAGUGCUAGACUCUGUCUUAUUGGAGCUGAUCACUGGAAAUUCCCUCGAACCUAUGCUGGCCCAGAGGCUAUCCAGAGAACUGAAUUAUAUGAAUACUCCAAAGUUCUUGGAAACUCUCAGUUUAUCCUUCUACCCUUUCAGCCAUAUAAGCUCAUAUAUGCUUACAUGUUAGCAGAAGUGGGGAAGGUUUCAGACUCGUUGAAGUAUUGCCAAGCAGUUUUGAAGUCACUUAAAACUGGUCGUGCUCCUGAAGUUGAAACGUGGAAGCAGUUGCUAUUUUCUCUCGAAGAGAGGAUUAGAGCCUACCAACAGGGUGGAUAUACCACAAAUUUGGCCCCUGGAAAAUUAGUCGGAAAAUUACUCAACUUUUUUGACAGUACUGCACAUCGUGUAGUUGGGGGCUUACCACCUCCUGCACCAUUAACCACACAUGGAAAUAUCCAUGGUAAUGAACAUUAUCAUGAGCCAGUGGUCCCAAGAGUAUCAACUAGUCAGUCAACAAUGGCAAUGUCAUCGUUAAUUCCAUCUGCUUCAAUGGAGCCCAUAAGUGAGUGGACUGCUGAUAGCAGUAAGAUGACAGUUUCAAACAGGAGUGUUUCAGAGCCAGAUUUUGGAAGAACUCCAAGACAGAAUCAGAUCAGUUCUUCAAAGGAAUCAAUGUCAGCUGAUGGUCAAGGAAAAACAUCAGAUUCAAGAACAUCUCGUUUUACACGUUUUGGUUUUGGUUCACAAUUGUUGCAGAAGACUGUUGGACUAGUCUUGAGGCCUCGCCCGGGUCGGCAGGCGAAAUUGGGUGAGAAGAACAAAUUUUAUUAUGAUGAAAAGCUGAAGAGAUGGGUUGAGGAAGGUGCUGAAACUCCGGCGGAAGAGCCAGCCUUACCUCCACCUCCUACAACUGCAACGUUCCAGAAUGGUGGAACUGAUUACAACUUGAGAUCUGCACUAAAGAAAGAAGCACCAUCCCAUGAUGGAAGUGUGGAGUUUGCAAGUCCCAAUCCUACUCCUGCAGAAAAUAGUUCCGGAAUCCCACCUAUCCCACCAAGCUCAAACCAAUUCUCGGCUCGUGGACGGAUGGGUGUUCGUUCAAGGUAUGUUGACACCUUCAACCAAGGCAAUGGGAGCUCAGCAAACUUGUUUCAGUCACCUUCUGUUCCAUCAAUUAAGCCAAGGGUUGCUGCCAAUGCGAAAUUCUUUGUUCCAAGUCCCGCAUUGUCACCUGAACCGACAGAGGAAACUAUACCGGAAUCCACUGAGGAAGACACCACCACAACCAGUGAACAUCCUUCAACAUCCACCACAAACGAUCCAUUUUCUACUCCCUCGACAACUACGCUUAUGCAAAGGUUCCCUAGCAUGGGAAACAUCUCAGUAAAGAGUGCAAAUAAAAGUAGUCAUGGGCCGUUCGCAGAAGCCAACUCCCGACGAACUGCAUCGUGGAGUGGUGCAAAUUUCAGUGAUGCCUUUAGCCCCCUUCAUAAACCAACAGGACUUAAACCUCUAGGCGAAGCAUUGGGUCGCACACCGAUUAAUGGCGGUGGCAUGGGAGAUGACCUCCAUGAAGUGGAACUUUAAGUAGUUAAAAUGUAAAUACCAAGUUUUGUUCCUUAGUUGAUCCACACAGAUACUCGAAUGCAAUCGUCACGGCUGCAUCUCUUCUCCUGCAUAAAAAGGUCAGUCGUGUGCACCAGAAUAUAGAGUUGAUUAAAGCAAGUCCUCAGCAAGGAUGUGCCCUUUUUGUUUUGUUUUUUAUCUCUUGAAAUUUCUUUGUUCCCAACCCUGAAGUUUGCGAACACAAAUAUAGUCGACAAUCUCUGUAUGUUUAUUGCUUAGAUGUCAGUUCAUUUUAUUCUCCUAGGAGUUUCCAACGUAUGAUACUUCUGGAGCUGGUAUUUUACAUUAAAAGCAAAGACAGAAGAAGGCCUUUGUUGGCACACCAUUGUAUAGUUCAUUUGUUUAUUUUUUUUUCUGCCCCGUUUUUCAGAAACUAGAAAAUGGCCCUUAAGGUGCUUCAAAUAUUGAACAUCAUCAAGAUGGAAAGAUGUACUGAAUUGUGAAGAAUAAGAUGAUUUGCAUCUUUUGUUUUUAUAUAA